AAGGACCGACGGGCGGGCAUGCGGGCGGCCUGGCUCUAGCCCGGGUGCGGGGCUCCGGCCGCAGCUAUGGAGCGGCGGCUGCGCGAGCUGGAGCAACUGGCGCGGGGCGAGGCCGGCGGUGGCCCCGGGCUCGACGGCCUCCUGGAUCUGCUGCUGGGGCUGCACCACGAGCUCAGCAGCGCCCCCCUCCGGCGGGAGCGCAACGUGGCGCAGUUCCUGAGCUGGGCUGGCCCCUUCGUAACGAAGGUGAAAGAGCUGAGGCUGCAGAGAGAUGACUUUGAGAUCUUGAAGGUGAUCGGCCGAGGGGCCUUCGGGGAGGUUGCCGUGGUGAGGCAGAGGGACAGCGGGCAGAUUUUUGCCAUGAAAAUGCUGCACAAGUGGGAGAUGCUGAAGAGGGCCGAGACUGCCUGUUUCCGGGAGGAGCGGGACGUACUGGUGAAAGGGGACAGCCGCUGGGUGACCACUCUGCACUACGCCUUCCAAGACGAGGAGUACCUGUACCUGGUGAUGGACUAUUACGCCGGUGGGGACCUCCUCACUCUGUUGAGCCGCUUUGAGGACCGCCUUCCACCCGAGCUGGCCCAGUUCUACCUGGCCGAGAUGGUGCUGGCCAUCCACUCUCUGCACCAGCUGGGCUACGUGCACAGGGAUGUCAAGCCGGACAACGUCCUGCUGGAUAUGAACGGGCACAUCCGCUUGGCUGACUUCGGCUCCUGCCUCCGUCUCAACAACAGCGGCAUGGUGGACUCGUCAGUGGCAGUAGGGACACCAGACUACAUCUCCCCCGAGAUCCUGCAAGCCAUGGAGGAGGGCAAGGGCCACUAUGGCCCACAGUGUGACUGGUGGUCCCUGGGAGUCUGUGCCUACGAGCUGCUCUUCGGGGAGACACCCUUCUAUGCUGAAUCGCUGGUGGAAACCUACGGCAAGAUCAUGAACCAUGAGGACCACCUGCAGUUUCCCUCGGAUGCACCUGACGUGCCACCCAGUGCCCAAGACCUGAUUCGCCAGCUGCUGUGCCGCCAGGAGGAGCGCCUGGGCCGCGGGGGGCUGGACGACUUCCGAAACCACCCCUUCUUUGAAGGUGUGGAGUGGGAGCGGCUGGCGACCAGCACUGCCCCCUACAUCCCGGAGCUCCGUGGGCCUGUGGACACCUCCAACUUCGACGUGGAUGAUGACACUCUCAACCAUCCGGGGACCCUGCCGCCACCCUCCCAUGGGGCCUUCUCAGGCCACCACCUGCCCUUUGUGGGCUUCACCUACACUUCGGGCAGUCUGGGCCCUGAGAGCAGCUCUGAGCAGUUGGCUGCCCUAGAGCAGAAGCUCUGUUGUCUGGAGCAGGAGAAGACGGAGCUGAGCCAGAAGCUCCAAGAUGCCCUGGAGGCCUCCUCAGACCAUCAGGAGCUGGAGCGGCUACAGAAGGAAGUGCAGACUCUACGGCACAGGCUGGCAGAGACCCCGAGGGACAGCAACGCCCCCUUAUCCCAGACGGAUGGCAGUAGCCCAGGCCGGGACUUGGACUUACAGCAGGAGACAGACCGGCUCCUCCGGGAGCUGGCCGAGGCUCGGGCAGGGCUGCAGGCACAGGCACGGGAGCUAGGCCAAGCCCAGGAGCGGCAGGAAGAGCUGCUCCAGAGGCUGCAGGAGGCCCAGGAGCGAGAGGCAGCCACAGCCAGCCAGACCCAGGCCCUGAGCUCCCAGCUGGAGGAGGCCCAGGACACCAACAGGAAGCUGCAGGCCCAGGUGGCCACCCUACGCCGGGAGGUGACACAGCUCCAGAGACAGCAGGAGCAAAGUCUCGAGAAGGAAUCUUUCCGGGUCAAGACCAUCCACGCCGCCUCUGAGACCAAUGGCACGAGGCUGCCCGAUGGCUGUGGGCCGCAGGAAGCGCAGCUGAGGAAGGAGGUGGCAGCCCUGCGUGUGCAGCUGGAGCAGGCCCGCGGCCAUGGGCUGAACGGGAAGGAGGAGGCUCUGUGCCGGCUUCAGGAAGAGAACCGGAGGCUGAGCCUGGAGCAGGAGCGGCUGGUGGAAGAGCUGGAGCGGGAGCAGCAGAGCAAGCAGCAGCUGGAGGGCGAACGGAGGGAGACGGAGAGCAACUGGGAGGCCCAGAUUGCCGACAUCCUCAGCUGGGUGAACGAUGAGAAAGUCUCAAGGGGCUACCUGCAGGCCCUGGCCACCAAGAUGGCCGAGGAGCUGGAGUCCUUGCGGAACGUGGGCACCCAGACACUCCCCACCCGGCCGCUGGACCACCAGUGGAAGGCACGGCGGCUACAGAAGAUGGAGGCGUCGGCCAGGCUGGAGCUGCAGUCAGCACUGGAGGCCGAGAUCCGGGCCAAGCAGAGCCUGCAGGAGCAGCUGACGCAGAUGCAGGAGGCCCGGCUGCAGGCCGAGAGCCGUCUACAGGAGGCUGAGAAGCAGAACCAGGGCCUGCAGCAGGAGCUGGCCUUGCUGCGGGAGGAGCUGCAGGCCCGUGGGCCAGGGGACACUAAGCCCUCAAGCUACCUGAUUCCCUUCCUGUCCCUCCGGAGCUCAGAGAAGGAUUCCCCCAAGGACCCUGGCAUCUCAGGAGAGGCCCUGAGGCCCGGUAUGGAGCCCGAGCUGAGGCCGGAGGGCCGCCGCAGCCUGCGUCUGGGGGCUGUGUUCCCCAGAACGCCCACCACUACUACCGCCCCUGCAGAAGGUCCUCCUGCAAAGCCCGGCUCACACUCGCUGCGGCCCCGGAGCUUCCCAUCCCCCACCAAGUGUCUCCGCUGCACCUCGCUGAUGCUGGGCCUGGGCCGCCAGGGCCUGGGCUGUGACGUCUGCGGUUACUUCUGUCACUCAGCCUGUGCCCCCCAGGCCCCACCCUGCCCCGUGCCCCCUGACCACCUCCGCACGGCCCUGGGAGUGCACCCUGAAACGGGCACAGGCACGGCCUACGAGGGCUUCCUGUCGGUGCCACGGCCCUCAGGCGUCCGCCGGGGCUGGCAGCGGGUGUUUGCCGCCCUCAGUGACUCCCGCCUGCUGCUGUUUGACGCCCCUGACCCAAGGCUCAGCCCAGCCAGCGGGGCCCUCCUACAGGCGCUGGACCUGAGGGACCCUCAGUUCUCAGCCACCCCCGUCCUGGCCUCCGAUGUGAUCCACGCCCAGUCGAAGGACCUGCCACGAAUCUUUAGGGUGACGGCCUCGCAGCUGGCGGUGCCCCCUGCCACAUGCACCGUGCUGCUGCUGGCAGAGAGCGAGGCUGAGCGGGAGCGCUGGCUGCAGGUGCUGGGCGAGCUGCAGCGGCUGCUCCUGGAUGCGCGGCCAAGGCCUCGGCCUGUGUACACGCUCAAGGAAGCCUAUGACAACGGGCUGCCACUGCUGCCCCACGCGCUCUGUGCCGCCAUCAUCGACCAGGAACGGCUCGCUCUGGGCACCGAGGAGGGGCUGUUUGUGAUUCACUUGCACAGCAAUGACAUCUUCCAGGUGGGUGAGUGCCGGCGGGUGCAGCGGCUGGCCGUGAGCCCCGCUGCGGGCCUUCUGCUUGUGCUGUGCGGCCGGGGCCCCAGCGUGCGCCUCUUCGCCCUGGCGAAGCUGGAGAGCGCCGAGGCGGUGGGUGCCAAGAUCCCCGAGUCUCGGGGCUGCCAGGUGCUGGCAGCCGGAUGCAUCCUGCAGGCCCGCACGCCCGUGCUCUGUGUGGCCAUCAAGCGCCAGGUGCUCUGCUACCAGCUGGGCCCAGGCCCGGGGCCCUGGCACCACCGAAUCCGGGAGCUGCAGGCGCCCGCGCCCGUGCAGAGCCUGGGGCUGCUGGGCGACCGGCUGUGCGUGGGAGCUGCCGGGGCCUUCGCCCUCUACCCGCUGCUCAACGAGGCUGCACCUGUGGCGCUAGGGGCCAGUCUGGUGCCUGAGGAGUUACCACCAUCCCGUGGAGGCCUGGGCGAGGCGCUGGGCGCCGUGGAGCUCAGCCUUAGUGAGUUCCUGCUGCUCUUCACCACGGCUGGGGUCUACGUGGACAACGCCGGCCACAAGUCUCGCAUCCAUGAGCUGCUGUGGCCGGCAAUGCCCACAGGCUGGGGUUACGCAGCCCCCUACCUGACAGUGUUCAGCGAGAAUUCCAUCGAUGUGUUUGAUGUAAGGAAAGCAGAAUGGGUCCAGACGGUGCCACUAAAGAAGGUGCGACCCCUAAACCCAGAGGGCUCCCUGUUCCUCUUUGGCACGGAGAAGGUCCGCCUGACCUACCUCAGGAACCGGCUGGCAGAGAAGGACGAGUUCGACAUCCCCGACCUCACGGACAACAGCCGGCGCCAGCUGUUCCGCACCAAGAGCAAGCGCCACUUCUUCUUCCGCGUGUCGGAGGAGCAGCGGCAGCAGCGGCGCAGGGAGAUGCUGAAAGACCCCUUUGUGCGCUCCAAGCUCAUCUCACCACCCUCCAACUUCAACCACCUGGUACACGUGGGCCCCACCGACGGGAAGCCCAGCGCCAGGGAUCCGCCCCCGCAGGCUCCAGGAGGGAAGGGCCGAGGUACCCGCGGCUCCGGCCCGCAGCGUCCCCACAGCUUCUCGGAGGCCUCGAGGCGGCCUGCCUCCGUGGGCAGCGACGGGCUCACUGGAGACGCGGACCCUAUGAAGAGGAAGCCUUGGACAUCCCUGUCCAGUGAGUCCGUGUCCUGCCCGCAGGGAUCUCUGAGCCCCGCAGACUCCUUGAUACAGGUCUCAGAACGGCCCCGGAGCCUGCCCCCAGCCCCUGAAUCAGAGGGCUCCCCUUGACACUCUCUGGCAGGGCCCACCCCAGUCCCAGGACUGAGAGACGUGAGUGAGCAGAGAGCUUGAGGAAUGCUAUGCUCCGGCUGGCCCGGGAUGUGUGGGAAUUCGGACUCAGGAAGGACCUGGGCUGGACAGCGACUCAGAGGCUGGCCUGGGCUCCCAGGCCCCAGGGGACCUGUCUCCUAGCCAUCAUCCUGCCUUUCCCUUCAGCUCCCAGCCCCUACUUGCACUAGCCACUGGGAAUAGAAUGGCCCCCUUUCUGCCCUGGGGGCCCCUCUGCCUCUGGAGUCCAGGGGUGAUUGUGCCAAAGUUCUCCUUUCCAGUGCCAAGCCUCAGGAAGCCUUAAGCAAGAGUUGGGGUGAGGGAUGGAGAAGGACUGGGUCUCUCGCAGCAAUCAGGGGUCUUGGCUCUGGACUUUCCAGCCCCUCGGUGAGGCCGAGUUGGGGCAUAUCCCAGGCUCUGCUCAAGGCCUAGGUAGGAAAGACAGACGCAGAUCCAAAAGAAAGGAGGAUGGGGUGCCUGGCUGGCUCAGUCAGUAGAGCAUGUGACACCUGAUCAAAUGGGUAUGAGUUCGAACCCCAUGUUGGGUGUAGAGAUUACUUAAAAAAAUUUUUUUUAAAUUUGUUUUUCUUUUUCAAAGAAAAGGAGGAUAGACAAGGAGCAGGGAGGAUCUAGGCGAAGGAGGCCAUAGGUGAAGGAAGUGACAGAAGGAAGUAGAAGAGACAUUGCUAGUGGCUGGCAGGAAAGAGCCACGAGAAGGAGGAGGAGGAGG